AGUGAGAGAAAAAUGGUUUCCGUAAGGAAAUUCAUACAUCUGACAGUUCGAACCAUUCAUUUGACAGAUGGCCACAUGAAUUUGUAGUUGUCAAAGUCACAGUUUGCAAACAGUGGUAAAUGCUCAAGCGAAGCAUUUUUUUUUCCUCCAAACUUUCUUCGUCGAGUGCGGGGGACAGCAAGAAUAUUUUUUGUUUGUUUUAAAUGGAAUUUUUCGAGUAAAAAUGGAGGACGAAGUAAAAUAUGAGUUCGUUGGUGUCGAAGCCGAGGAUAUUUAUGAAGUGGUUGAUGAAGAUGUAGAGUAUAUAAUUUGCGAUGACGAAGUCGAUUUACAUCAAAAUGAGCAACUUGAAGAAGAGGAACUUUACUUGGACGAAGAAGUAAUCGAAGAAGAUGAGGAAGAAGUCGAAUUGAAAACAACGAAACAUCUGACAUGUGAUAUUUGUGAUCGUGUAUUUGGUAGCGUUGCUGAGCGAAAUUCACACAUUGAACAGCAUUUCAAGACAAUCGAAUGUCCAAAUUGUUCGCGCACUUUUAUCGGUGAUCGAGCCUAUGAGUUUCAUAUCUCAACGGGCAAAUGUAAGGAAGCCGUUGAUUUGGAUCGUUUUAGAUGUAAUAUGUGCAACGAAAAGGUAUUCGAUUCCGUCGAAACGCUCAAUAGCCAUUUGCACACGAAACACAAUUGCUUCAUCACCGACGAACGCAUUGGCUGUGAACUAUGCGAUCGAACAUUUGCCAAACUGAAAUACUUACGGAAACAUAUACGCGAACUCCAUGAAAAGGCUACGCCAUUCAAUUGCAAGGCUUGCGGCAAGAAGUUUAAUCGAAAAGCUAAUCUUCUCGAACAUGAGCUCAUUCAUCAGGGAAAAUACUUGGCAGAGUGUAAGACUUGUGGCAAAUCCUACAGAACACCGUCGGCGCUAAAACUGCACGAGCGUACGCAUACCGGAGAAAAGCCCUACAAAUGUGAGAUUUGCAAUGAAAAAUCGUAUGCCUACAAUACGGAUCUGAAGAGACACAAACGAUCCGUUCAUGGCGUUGUUGGCACACCAUACCCAUGUACACUCUGCACCAAAAUCUACUACGAACCCAAACUUCUGAGAAACCACACACUUCGAGCACAUAAAGAUAACAGUAAAUAAAGUUCAGAUGUAGUAAAUACUUUAUAUAAAGAAAUGAAUAAGAAAUCAAAUUAGCGCCUAUGAAUAGUUGUAAAAAUUUGAAAUAAAAAAAAAUCGUCAUUUUGAACAUGUAAAAAGCAAAAA